UUGUGUCCCAUCCAUUGUAAAAUUUCCCACCAACUAUCCAUUAUCUGGACAAUGGACAGUCAACAGGGCAAGUCUUUCGGGAAAUAUGUGUUGAUGCGCCUAUUUUUUUUUUCAUUCGUUUUGAAUUAUAUUAAUUUAAUAUCUCUUGAAAGCAAAAUAUGCAAGUAAAUGUGGAGGAGAGAACAAAUAUAAUGCAUAGAAUUUUAUGUUGGAAUUGUUUUUUCUUCAGUAGCUACCAUACAACUUAUAAAUCGUGUAUGGAGUAUUAUUGUAUACAACUGUCUUGAAGAGCAACCAAAAUACGGAAUCGAAUAAGUCCACCACCUGCUUUAUUUUAUUUUUUCUCACACGUCUUUGCAGUUUGCACUCAUGUUUUUUCUUAAUUUUAGUAUAAACGUUAUCCUAUUAAAGCCAAGAAGACGAGGUAAAUGAUUACCGUUUCAGUUUCCUUCCCCAGAACCAUCUUCUUCUAACAGUGGAUGUUACUGGAAUAACUAGUCAUAUCACAGAAAAAAACACUCAAAACCAAACAAGAAUUAUCUAAAGUUGAAAAAUUGCCGUCCCAGAAGUUAGACAGUCAUGUCCUACACUAAACCAAAAGCAAUUCCUCUUACUGUUGCAGUACUUUCCUUGCUGUUAGUGUCUGCAGUCUCAGUUUCUUUCGUUAAUGGGACUUCUGUGGUUGAUGGUGUUGUGAGUGAGCCAAUUUAUGGCGUGGUUUCAUCAGGAAGUAAAAGGUUUCUGGGGGAGAACAAUGCGACUGGAAACUCAUCUCUAGUACUGGCUGCUGAAAGAACCCAUAGAAGAGAUCCACUUGAGGAUCGGAGUUACUAUACUGGUGGAUGGAACAUCAGUAACGAGCAUUAUUGGGCUUCAGUUGCUUAUACUGGUGCCCCUCUUUUCAUCAUUGCUCUAUUCUGGUUUGUGGCAUGUGCCAUUUGCUUGCUCCUAGUUUGUAUCUGUUGUUGUUGCUGCCGAAGAGGUCGAUAUGGUUACUCUCGAACAGCUUAUGCACUUUCUCUUACUUUUCUCACGGCAUUCACCAUUGCUGCAAUAAUUGGUUCUGUUUUUCUGUAUACUGGACAAGGCAAAUUUCAUGACGGUACAAAACAUACAUUAGAUUAUGUUGUACAACAAGCAAGAUCAACAGUUGAUGGUUUAAGGAAUGUGUCAAACACCCUGGCUGUUGCCAAGCAUACUGGAGUUAGUCAAAUCUUUAUACCGCAAAAUGUUCAAAACAACAUUGACAAGGUCGACGCCAAGAUUAACUCUGCUGCUGAAACUCUUGAAAAUGAAACUGAGAAGAACAAGAAGGAUAUCAUGAUUAUCUUAGACUUUGUGAGGCGAAUUCUCAUCAUUGUUGCUGCUGUAAUGCUUGGUUUAGCCGCUCUUGGUUUCUUGUUCUCUAUACUUGGUCUGCAGGUUCUUGUAUACAUUCUAGUCAUCAUAGGCUGGAUCCUUGUUGCCGUCACAUUUAUCUUAUGUGGUUUAUUUCUUGUUCUUCACAAUGCAACGGGAGACACAUGUGUGGCCAUGGAUGAUUGGGUAAAACACCCAUCGGCUCAUACAGCACUUGAUGAUAUAAUCCCUUGUGUGGACCCGGCUACCGCCCAAGACACGCUGUCUCAGAGCAAAGAGGUCACCUACCAAUUGGUUGGAGUAUCUAACAGGAUCAUCACCAAUAUUUCAAACAUCAAUCCGCCUUCAGGUGUUGGUUACAACCAAUCUGGUCCACUGGUCCCUAACCUCUGUAAUCCAUUUAAUUCAGACAAGACGGACCGGAAAUGUGCAAGUGGUGAAGUGGAACUUAGCAAUGCUACACAGGUUUGGAAGAAUUAUGUCUGCCAGGUUUCGGCAAGUAACGUGUGCUCCACUGUGGGCCGUCUUACCCCUGCUAUGUACGACCAAAUGACUGCAGUAGUCAAUGUUAGCAACGGCCUGUAUCAUUCUGGGCCUUUCCUUAAGGAACUACUUGACUGCACUUUCCUUCGAGAUACCUUCACUGUCAUUCAUGAUGAACAUUGUCCCGAUUUGAGCCGAUACAGUAAGUGGAUCUACAUCGGUCUAGCUCUAGUCUCAGCUGCAGUAAUGCUCUCACUCAUUUGUUGGGUACUAUAUGCAAGAGAAAGGCGUCACCGGAAGUAUACCAAACUCGUUGAUGCUACAUAUGGUCAAGAAUCUAACGCAGGGAAAAGCCAUGGGUGAUUUUUCAAAUAUUUGAACCUCUUAAGACAUUCGUUUGUUUUCCUAAUAACAGUUAUAUCUGCAGUAUUCCAUGCUUUAAGUAUGGCAUAUGAAGACGUGAACUUUCUAUCAUGUUUGUUUAUAACAAGUCGAUUAGGGACUUGUAGGGGAUUCUUAGAAGUUAUUCGUACAUGAUUGACGCUAGGAUUGAUGCAGAUUGUUGCGUGUAUACAUACAGAACAUGGACAUCAAAUUUUGUGUUUAUAUGACGCCCCUUACGUUUAUUUCCUUAA